AUGGCCGAUCCAAACAAUGUCUCGCAGUACAAGUACUCGGCGAUGUCCAACCUGGUCCUCCAGGCGGACCGUCGAUUUGUCACUCGUCGCAACGAUGAGGUCACAGGUGACCCAGAAUCCUUAGCAGGCCGAAUCAAUAUAAGAGAUAUGGGCUCAAGGACGGAUCGUGAGGACGCCCCAAAGCAGAAGAAAAAGGCGGGGCUUAAGGACGUCGAAAGGGGCUCAAUACGGGAAGGCGAGGAUGUGCUUGAACGGGAGCAGAGGAAGCGAAAAAGGGGUGAGCCAGCCCAGAUGAGAGGAGCAGGUAUCUUGUCUGCUGGUGAAGCGCUGAUCGAAGGCAUCAAGUAUCGACCUAGAACUCCUGCCACCCGAGCGACGUAUGACCUUCUCCUUACGCUGACCGCAAAUGCUUUGGGUGAUGUGCCUCAUGAAGUCGUCCGCAGUGCCACCGAUGCAGUCCUUGAAACCCUUAAAAAUGAAUCUUUGAAGGAUUUUGACAAAAAGAAGGAGAUUGAUGAUCUUGUAGGCAUUUCUAUGAGCUCAAAAGCAUUCAACGAAUUGGUGAAUCUCGGCAAGAAGAUUACAGACUACGAUGCGCAAGACGAUGACGAGAAUAUGGACGAUGAUAAUGGUGGUGACAACGGGGCAGAGCUUGAUGAGCGACAAGGUGUUGCUGUCGUUUUCGACGAGUCAGAUGAGGACGAAGAUGGUGCCGCCCGAACCUAUGAGGUCAGGGAUGAAGGGGAGCCCUCCUCGGAUGAGGAAGACGUUGAAGAAGCCAGAGAUGCGGUGAGCGACGUCAAAGACCCGGCCGAUCCUGAUGAUGCAGGUGGCGACGAUGCUUCUGAUGGUGGUAUGGUACUCGAUGGAGGGCUCAACAAAGCUGGUAGGCAGGAUGGGGCAAAUUCUCCAGACAUUCUGCAAGUUCACGACAUUGACGCUUACUGGCUACAAAGGCAAGUUGGCAAUAUUUAUACCGAUGCUCAUGUCCAACAGACGAAGGCCCAAGAAGCGUUGCAGACCCUUUCUGGAAUUGGCCAAGAGGGCGAAGAAAUACCCCUCCGCGAUAUCGAGAAUGACUUGAUGGAGCUCUUUGACUACGAGCAAGCGGAACUGGUAGGUCGACUUGUGUCAAACCGCCACAGAGUGGUUUGGGCCACGAGAUGGAGGCGUGCGGCAGAAGACGACGAUGCAAGACACCUAGUCGAAAAUCAGAUGAUAGAAGCAGGGCAGUCAGAUAUCCUAGACGAGCUUCGUGGCAAGAAAUAUAAAGGUGAAAAUGAUGGCACACAUGCGGCGAAGAAAAUGAAGAUGGACUUGAUGGACAUUGACAUUCCGAAGCCGACCACAAACGGUGGCACUAAACAGGAGCAGAAGGAUGGAGAGCUCGUGGGUGGCUUGCAGCCAAAACGACUGGUCAAUCUGGAAAAUUUGGUCUUCGAUCAAGGCAAUCAUCUCAUGACCAACCCAAACGUCAAGUUACCCCAAGGGUCUACAAAGCGCACAUUCAAAGGUUACGAGGAGAUCCAUGUACCGGCACCGAGGCCGAGGAGGGAGCCUGGUGAGAAGAACCUCCCCGCCUCCGAGCUGCCUGAUUGGGCCAGGCAAGGUUUUGGGUCUGCGAAAGAAUUGAAUCGGAUCCAAACCAAAUGUUUCCCGAGCGCCUUUCACGACGAUGGAAACAUGCUAAUAUGUGCUCCGACAGGGUCUGGGAAGACCAAUGUUGCCAUGCUUGCGAUGCUGCGUGAGAUUGGCAAGAAUCGCAUUCCAGAGACUGGGGAGAUCUUGCUUGACGACUUCAAGAUAGUGUAUAUUGCGCCUUUGAAAGCUCUGGUCCAAGAACAAGUUGGUAAUUUUGGCAAGCGCCUCGAGCCUUAUGGGAUUCGUGUAUCAGAGUUGACAGGAGACCGACAACUGACCAAGCAACAAAUUGCGGACACCCAAAUCAUUGUGACUACCCCUGAAAAAUGGGACGUCAUUACGCGUAAAGCAACUGAUCUGAGCUAUACUAGACUUGUGAGAUUGGUCGUCAUUGAUGAGAUUCAUUUACUCCACGAUGACCGUGGACCCGUUCUGGAAAGCAUUGUCAGCCGAACGAUCCGGAAGAUUGAACAGACAGGCGAUACAGUCCGCUUGGUCGGGCUCAGUGCGACCCUGCCAAAUUAUCGUGAUGUUGCAAGCUUCUUAAGGGUCGAUCCAACUAAGGGUCUCUUCCAUUUUGACGGGUCUUAUAGGCCAUGUCCACUGAAGCAGGAAUUUAUUGGAGUCACCGACAAAAAGGCUAUCAAGCAGCUGAAAACCAUGAAUGAUGUCUGUUACACGAAAGUGCUCGAGCAGGUCGGUACAAACAAGAAUCAGAUGCUCAUAUUCGUACAUUCAAGGAAGGAAACAGCGAAGACGGCAAGAUAUAUUCGCGACAAAGCAGUCGAGAUGGAGACCAUCGGACAAAUCCUUAGGACAGAUGCAGCUAGUCGAGCAGUCCUUGCAGAAGAAGCUCAAAGCGUAUCGGAUGCGAGUCUCAAGGACCUCAUGCCCUAUGGCUUCGGUAUACACCAUGCUGGUAUGAACGUUGUGGAUAGAACAGCCGUCCAAGACCUUUUCGCAGAUGGAUAUCUACAAGUCCUCGUCUGUACCGCCACGCUCGCCUGGGGCGUAAAUUUACCAGCUCACACGGUCAUAAUUAAGGGAACUCAAGUAUAUUCGCCUGAGAAAGGAAGCUGGGUGGAGCUUAGCCCACAAGAUGUACUGCAGAUGCUCGGGCGUGCUGGACGGCCUCAGUUUGACUCAUUUGGUGAGGGCAUUAUCAUCACUUCUCAAUCCGAAAUUCAAUAUUAUCUGUCCCUGCUCAAUCAACAGCUCCCUAUCGAAAGCCAGCUGAUGAGCAGAUUGGCAGACAAUUUGAAUGCCGAGAUUGUGCUGGGCAACGUCAGAAAUCGAGAUGAAGGCGUGGAAUGGCUUGGCUACACGUAUCUAUUCGUGCGCAUGCUUAGGUCACCUGGUCUUUACAGCGUGGGACCGGAAUACGCUGGUGACGAGGCUCUCGAGCAGAAGCGUGUUGAUCUGAUUCAUUCUGCUGCGACUGUGCUCGAGAAGGCCAGUCUAGUCAAGUAUGACAAGAAGACAGGGAAGCUUCAGGCGACCGAGCUUGGGAGAAUUGCAUCGCACUACUACAUUACCCACCAUUCUAUGCUCACAUACAACCAUCACUUACAACCGAUGAUCAGCACUAUCGAGCUCUUUCGGAUAUUCGCCCUUAGUGACGAGUUCAAGUAUAUACCCGUUCGGCAAGAUGAAAAGCUCGAACUGGCUAAAUUGCUUGGUCGGGUCCCAAUUCCUGUCAAAGAGAGUAUCGAAGAGUCCCAGGCGAAGAUCAAUGUUCUCCUUCAAGCCUACAUCUCCCGACUCAAAUUGGAAGGUUUAGCUCUAAUGGCGGAUCUGGUCUAUGUCACACAAUCAGCUGGACGCAUCUUGCGAGCUAUGUUUGAAAUCUGCCUGAGAAAAGGGUGGGCCUCAGUUGCAAAGGUUGCUCUUGACCUCUGCAAAAUGGCCGAGAAGAGGAUGUGGCCGACCAUGACUCCUCUGAGACAGUUCCCAAUGUGUCCCAAGGAUAUUAUACAUAAGGCAGAACGUAUUGACGUCCCAUGGUCCAGUUAUUUUGACAUCGAUCCUCCCCGGAUGGGUGAGCUGCUGGGUGUGCCAAAAGCUGGACGCAUAGUGUGUGAGCUGGUUGCUAAAUUCCCGCGUCUCGAAAUUCAGGCUCAAGUGCAGCCUAUGACGAGGUCAAUGCUUCGAGUAGAACUCACAAUCACACCGAACUUUACUUGGGACGAUAGCUUGCAUGGCACUGCAGAGAGUUUCUGGAUUAUUGUCGAAGAUUGUGAUGGAGAGGACAUUCUCUUUCAUGAUCAAUUCGUACUACGAAAGGACUUUGCUCUGUCAGAUAUGAACGAGCAUCUUAUUGAGUUCACCGUACCCAUCACCGAACCGAUGCCUCCAAAUUAUUUCAUCUCUCUCAUUUCAGAUCGAUGGAUGCAUUCAGAGACUAAAGUGCCAGUCUCAUUUCAGAGGCUGAUACUUCCAGAACGAUUUCCUGCUCACACACAGUUACUGAACAUGCAACCGGUCCCUGUUCAGGCCCUCAAACGCAAGGAAUACGUGGCUUUGUAUCCACAUUUUGAUCGAUUCAAUAAGAUACAGACUCAAGUCUUCAAGUCACUCUUUGACAGCGACGAGAAUGUCUUCGUUGGGGCACCCACUGGAAGUGGAAAGACCAUUUGUGCUGAAUUUGCAUUGCUGAAACAUUGGUCUCAGCCAGAAGCUGGGAAAGCAGUCUAUGUUGCACCCUUCCCGGAGUUGAUUGACAAUCGUCUUGCUGAAUGGCAAGAACGCUUAAAGACUCUUGCUGGUGGCAAGACUAUUCUGAAAUUGACCGGUGAGCUCACCUCAGAUCUCAAGGUCUUGAACGAAGCAGAUCUUAUUCUUGCAACGCCAGUUCAGUGGGAUGUUCUUUCGCGGCAGUGGCAGAGAAGAAAGAGCGUGCAGAACGUUCAGCUGUUCAUCGCUGAUGAGCUUCACAUGCUCGGUGGCCAUCUUGGGUACAUUUACGAAGUCAUAGUCUCGAGGAUGCAUUACAUUGCCCUGCAAACGGAGCACCAGAUGCGCAUUGUCGGUCUCAGCGUUCCGCUUUCAAAUGCUCGCGACCUGGGAGAAUGGAUUGGAGCGAGCAAGCACACAACAUUCAACUUUAGCCCACAUAUCCGCCCAAUUCCGCUCGAGUUACACAUACAGUCUUUCACCAUCCCGCACUUUCCUUCAUUAAUGAUGGCAAUGGCACGACCUGCGUAUUCCGCAAUACUCCAGCUUUCUCCUGAUAAACCAGCAUUAGUAUUCGUUCCUGGUCGAAAACAAGUCCGCGCCACUGCGUUAGACCUCUUAUCUGCCUGCAUUAUCGACGAUGACGAGGAGCGGUUUUUGCAUACGAGCACUGAAGAGCUCAAACCGUUCAUGGAACACAUCAACGAGCAAGCACUGGCAGAUUCUUUAUCUCAUGGCAUUGGGUACUACCACGAAGCACUAUCGACCAAUGACAAGCGGAUCGUAUCUCAUCUAUUCAAGAUCGGUGCUAUCCAGGUAAUGUUGGCUUCUCGAGAUGUUUGCUGGGAAAUCAAUUUCACUGCUCAUCUUGUCAUUGUCAUGGGGACGCAAUAUUAUGAAGGCCGUGAGCAUCGAUACAUAGACUACCCCAUCAGUGACAUUCUGCAAAUGUUCGGCCGAGCUUGUCGACCAUUAGAGGACAAAUCAAGCAGAGGUGUUCUCAUGGUUCCUGCUGUCAAACGAGAAUACUAUAAGAAAUUCCUCAACGAAGCGCUUCCGAUUGAGAGCCAUCUCCAAAUUUACCUGCCUGACGCUUUUGUCACAGAAAUCAGCACGAAAACCAUUGCCUCUACUCAAGAUGCUGUGGAUUGGACUACCUACACCUACUUCUACCGUCGCCUCCUCGCUAAUCCUAGCUACUACGGCCUCAACGAUAUCAGCCACGAAGGCCUCAGCGCCCAUCUCUCCGAACUCGUCGAGAACACGCUGAAAGAGCUUUCCGAAGCAAAGAUCAUUGACCUCGACGAGGAGGACGACAGUGUCUCUCCAUUGAACCCGGCGAUGAUCGCAGCCUACUACAAUAUCUCCUUCAUCACCAUGCAAACCUUCCUGCUCUCUCUCAAUGCACGAACAAAGCUCAAAUCCCUCCUCGAAAUCGUCACAUCAGCAACUGAGUUCGAAUCGAUCCAGAUGCGGCGCCACGAAGAUCACAUCCUCCGCCGCGUGUACGAUCGCGUCCCCGUCAAGAUGUCCGAACCCGCCCACGGCUCUCCGCACUUUAAAGCCUUCGUCCUCCUCCAAGCCCAUUUCUCCCGUAUGCAACUCCCAAUCGACCUCGCCAAAGACCAAGAGAUGAUCGUCAGCAAAGUCCUUAACUUGCUCAGCGCGUGCGUCGACAUUUUGUCUUCGGAAGGCCACCUCAACGCCACCUUUGCGAUGGACAUGUCGCAGAUGGUCGUACAGGCGAUGUGGGAUCGAGAUAGCCCGCUGCUCCAAAUCCCGCAUUUCACCUCUGAAACAGUCAAGGUCGCGGCCGAGUACAGAAUCGAAGAUAUCGAGGAGUUCAUGGCCAAGAUGGAUCCGGCUGAGAAUCCGGACUACCGAGCAUUAGUCAAGAAAUUGGGUCUGGAUGGGAGACAAUUACUUGAAGCCGCCGCAUUCACAAACGAGAAAUACCCCAAUAUCGACCUGGCCUUUGAGAUCGAAGACCCACAGAACAUCACCGCCAACGAUCCCGCCUAUCUCAAAAUCCGACUCAUCCGUGAUCCCGACGACGGAGAAGAAGAGGAAGAAGAAGAAGGAGAACGCGGCUCGGGUAAAGAUAAAGCAGAUGAAGACGUUGACACCACCGUGCACGCGCCCUUCUACCCGCUCCACAAGACGGAGAACUGGUGGCUCGUUGUCUCGGAUCAGAAGAAUAAGGCCCUGCUGGCCAUCAAACGCAUCACGAUUGCCCGCAAGAUCAUGCAGGUGAGGUUGGAAUUCGUGGUGCCCAGUCCGGGGAAGAAGGAGUUGACGCUCAGUUUGGUGUGUGAUAGUUAUGUGGGCGUGGAUCAGGAACAUCCGCUUCAGGUGGAGGUGGCGGAGGGGAUGGAGGAGGAUAGUGAUGAAGAUGAAGAUGAGGGGGGAGAUUGA